AUGUCUCAACCGCAGCCCACCGAAACGGCCGAAGGUGCGGAAAAGGCGUACAUCUUCAAGCGCGACUUCAGGUCCUCGAUGCGCAUCUGGGCCUGCGAGGUGGCCACCAAGCUCAGCAGCACCGGCGCUACGAUUGACGCCUUCGAUAUUUCCGACCUGCAAUUCCCCGCGCCUGCAUUCCGCCCCGCCAACGUGCACUUCCACGUCCACAACAGCUUCCAGCCGUACCCGGACGAGUUCCUCGCCCAGUUCGACAUCGUCCAUGUGCGCUUCAUGAUGUGCAGCGUCGACGACGCGAACGCGCGGAAGCUGCUGGGUCAACUCCUCACGCUCAUGAAACCCGGCGCCUGGCUCCAAUGGUACGAGCCCCUGCCCCGCGCAACCAAAGUCGUUGGCCCGCCGCCGCCCGCCGACUCCAACGCGCCCGUCCCUGCAGCGGCAACCGCGGCCUCGGAGCGCCUCGCCAAGACAUGGCGAGACCUCGAUCCCCUCGGCUCCUACAGCUGGGUGGAGAACCUGCACGAGAUAUGCACGCAGGGCGGACUGCAGGACGUGAGGCGCGACGUGCAGCAUAUUCCGGGGCAUCUGAGGCCGCUGUGGGCGCAGAGCAGUCUGGCGGCGACGGCGGAUGUGCUGCCUAAGGUGGAUAUGUGGAAUGAGAAGGAUGGGGGCUUGACGGCGAAGUAUAUUCAGGAUUUGCAGGCUGAGAUUGCGGGCGGGGUGGCGGUGGAUACGCCGUUUCAGUGUAUUGUGGGACGGAAGGCGGAGUGA